AUGGCCGAUGGGAUUCUUCUCACUGGAGAAGUUCUUCGCCAAAAAUGGAGAAAAUUUGUGGACUUAGUUGGCAUGCUAGAUGAUGAGCAAUUGAACCUUAGUGAAGGGUGGUUGAGUCAGUACAAGGCAAGGGCUGGAUUGAAGCAAAUAAAGUGCCACGGCGAGGCUGCUUCAGCAACCUCUGAGGCUGUUGAUAAGGAACAACAGCGCAUGCAAGAGGUCAUCAAAAAGCAUGACCGUGGACUUUCAGACAAGCAGCAGUCAGGUGUUAAAGGACAGAAAAAACGGCUGACCUAUUUGUUUGUAGCAAAUGCGGAUGGCUCGACAAAAUUGCUUCCGCUAAUCAUUGGAAAAGCAUACAAGCCUUGUCCGUUCGGGAACAAGACUGGCAAACAGCUUGGGUUCAACUAUCGGAACAAUGCUAAGACAUGGAUGACAGCCACGCUUUAUCAGGAAUGGUUGUUGGAUUGGGAUCGGACAUUGCGAGAUGAGAGGAGGAAUAUUCUUCUUUUACAGGACAAUUUUUUGGGGCACGUCGUGCCCAAUUCCCUCACAAACAUUGAAGUUGAAAACUUUGAACCGAAUCUCACCGCACACGUACAGCCCAAUGAUCAAGGCAUUAUUCACUGUUUCAAGGCCCAUUACCAUGCCCAGUUCAUCAGUCACACAAUUGAUCACUACAACACUGAUGUCACACCCUCCAAAAUUUAUAACAUUGACCAACUCGAAGCUAUGCGGCUCGCUCAAGAUGCAUGGAAUAGGUUUUAUUAUAGGGUGGACACAACUACCAUCUGGAAUUGCUGGACAAAGGCUGGUAUUCUACCCGACUCGCCACCAUCUCGCGCGCAACCUACUGUUCCAAUCUCAUCCCUUGUCCACACACCAGACAUUGUAAUCAACCCUAUCGCACAUUCUGAGACACUCGUCGAAAAUGCCUUAGAUAAACUCGAGGCAACCGGGGCCCUUCAGCGUUCCAAUCGCAUGGCCGUCGCAGAACUUCUUAAUCCGGCAUUCGAGUCCCACAACAUUUUUAAUGCAACGGACGAAGAAAUUUGCAAGUCUGUGAUGGACGCAAAAAUCUUGAGGGAGACUGGAAAUGACGACGGCGAUGACGGCGACAUAUUCGCACCUGGACCAACGCGGAAUGAGGCACUACAAGCAGCACUAGUCCUGCGCAACUUUACAAUUACUUUCACAACGCUAAUAUAGCUCGGUACGAAUUAAAGUACUUUUUGCGCAGUUACACAGGACCUCUCGAGAAACCCAUACUCCCUGAUAACCCAUACCUCCCAGGCUAUCCCGACAGGUAUGGGUUAUGAGGGAGUUGACUGUACUUCGCCGAGUCCUUCCAUAAUCAGUCUUACACCUCUGAAGACACUUCCACGAUGCUGGAUCUGCCUCUCG